UUCAUGGUAUAUGCAUGUUGAGUUACGAAUUGGUUUUGGACCGGGAGAGAUCGUCUCGUAUACUCGUUGCAUUUAAACGAGCGCAUAUAUGGUGGAUAUAAAUAUAUGCGAAAUACGAGCAAGUGAUUUAUAAUUAUUUAAAUAUAUUUAUAUUUUUUCCUAAUUAUACAUAAUUACGGGAAAAAGUCGAAAGAAUAAAAGGAGAAUUUAUGACGUGGCUAACGUGCUAACCACACUGGGAAAACUCAAGGAUAAUUUGUUGAUUUGAUUAUUAUGGGGCGUUUAACACUUUGGUUCCUGCUGGGACUUACGUUAAUCGCCGUUUCCAAUAAUGUUGGGUUUGCCAAUGCCGAUGCCGGACCAAGCGAAUCUGAAUGUCGACCCUACAUUGAAAAGGCUAUAAAUGAACUGAAAACAGAUGGUGUCACGGGCAAAGAUGGUUCUGGAGAACUGCAAGCCGAUCAGCCUCGUGGGGACGAUGACGACGAUGAUGAUGAGGACGCGAAACGCGUCAACGACCUUGACGGCGAUGGCAUACCAGAUGAUCAGGACGACGACAUAGAUGGCGAUGGCAUACCGAAUGAUGAGGACGACGAUAUCGAUGGCGAUGGUAUACCGAAUGACAAGGACGACGACAUCGAUGGCGAUGGCAUACCGAAUGAGGACGACGAUGACAUCGAUGGCGAUGGCAUACCAAAUGAUGAGGAUGACGAUAUCGACGGGGAUGGCAUACCGAAUGAGAAGGACGAUGAUAUCGAUGGCGAUGGCAUACCGAAUGAAGAAGAUGACGACAUCGAUGGCGAUGGCAUACCGAAUGACCAAGACGAUGAUAUCGAUGGCGAUGGCAUACCAAACGACGAGGAUGACGAUAUCGAUGGAGAUGGUAUACCCAAUGAGAAGGACAGCGACAUCGACGGCGACGGCAUACCAAAUUCGGAGGACAACGACUUGGAUGGCGAUGGCUUGCCGAACGAAAAAGAUGAGGAUUUGGAUGGCGAUGGAUUGGUGAAUCAUGAGGACGAGGAUAUCGAUGGGGAUGGUACCUUGAAUCACGAGGACGGCGACUUGGAUGGCGAUGGCUUGCCCAAUGAGAAGGAUGAAGAUCUGGAUGGCGAUGGCAAAGUGAACCAUGAGGACGAAGAUAUUGACGGAGAUGGUACCCUGAAUCAUGAGGACAGCGACAUCGAUGGCGAUGGCGUCCACAAUGAUGAGGAUCACGAUGUGGAUGGCGAUGGUCUAUCGAAUUCGGAAGAGCCUCAGAGCAUGGAUAUCGAUGGGGAUGGCGUGCCAAACAAUGUGGACGACGACAUUGAUGGCGACAACAAGCUGAACGAGAAGGACGACGACAUGGAUGGCGAUGGCAUCCUGAAUGAGCACGACAAUGACAUGGAUGGCGAUGGCAUACCCAAUGAUCAUGACGACAGUCGCGAGACCGCCGAUGAUGAUGACGAUGAUGAGGAGGAGGAGGUGAAGAAGCGCAGCAAGCGUGAGGUGGAUGCGGCGCCAAUCGUUGAAAUUGAGGCACCCCCAAGUCCAGCUGAGGAGUUCCCAGCUGAAGAGGAGAAGGAAGAGGAAGCUGCAGAGGCUGAGCCCGAAGCAGCUGUAGAAGAGGAACCGAAGGAAGUCAAGGAAGACGAGCCAGUAGAGGAGGCAGAGCCAGAGCCAGAGCCAGAGCCAGAGGCAGAGCCACCUGUGGCUGCCGAGCAGCAAGAGGAAGCUGUGGAAGAAGCUGUCAAGCCAGAAGCCGAGGCAUCCGCCGAAGCCGACGAAGCUGAAGAGCCACAGGCUGAGGCAACAGCAGUUGCUGCCGAAGAUGCUGUCGAUGAUGACGACGACGACACCAAGCCAGAAGAUGAACUGCUCUGGGAGGGAGUCAUUCCACAGAAUCGUCGCAGCCGUCAGCAUAUCACCGAGUUGCUGCUGCUGGACGAGGAGUUCAAUGCACGGGAGAAGGCCACCGACAACGUUGCUGAGAUUAUUCUGCGCGACAUCAAGAAGAUCUAUGAGAAUGCCGUUAAGCCACUGGAGACGCUGUACAAGUAUCGUGACUUGAGCAAUCGUCACUUCAGUGAUCCCGAGAUCUUCUCGAAGCCGUUGAUUCUAUUCAUGGGUCCCUGGUCGGGCGGCAAGUCCUCCAUUCUCAACUAUUUGACGGACAAUGAAUACACGCCCAACUCGUUGAGAACCGGAGCGGAGCCCUCGCCGGCCUACUUCAACAUUUUAAUGUGGGGCAACGAGACGGAAGUCCUAGACGGCACACAGCUGGCAGCCGACUACACCUUCUCGGGCCUGCAGAAGUUCGGCCAGGGUCUGGAGGAGCGUCUACGUGGCCUGAAAAUGAAGAGCAAGCUGCUCGAAAAGGUCAACAUCGUUGAGAUACCUGGCAUACUCGAAGUACGCAAGCAGGUCUCGCGUGUCUUUCCCUUUAACGAUGCCUGCCAGUGGUUUAUCGAUCGGGCCGACAUCAUCUUUCUGGUCUACGACCCAGCCAAGUUGGAUGUGGGCCCAGAGACCGAGGCCAUACUCGAUCAGCUGAAGGGGCGCGAGUAUCAGACGCGCAUCAUACUGAACAAGGCGGACACCGUGAAGCCCGAAGAGCUGCUGCGCGUGCAGGGCGCACUCAUAUGGAAUAUAUCGCCGCUGAUGUCGUCGGCACAGCCGCCACUCAUGUACACCACAUCUCUCUGGACGCAUCCUUAUCAGGAGGGAGCACCGGCCCGUCUGCUGCUCGCCCAGGAGCGCGCCUUCCUGCGUGAUCUGCGCACAGCGAUCGAUAAAAGAAUCGAGCACAAGAUUGCCAGCGCUCGUCGCUUUGCCGUGCGUGUGCGUAAUCAUGCCAAGAUGGUCGACUGCUAUUUGAACACCUAUUACAACCACAAGACUCUGUUUGGCAACAAGAAGCGCAUCGCGGAUGACAUCAUCGAUCAUCCACAGAACUAUCAUAUCUAUGAGGGCUUGUCCACGCUGACCAAUAUCUCGCGUUACGAUCUGCCCGAUCCGGAUGUCUAUCGCGACUUCUUCCGUCUGAAUCCGCUGUACGAGUUCAAGAAGCUCUCCGAGACAUGCACCUACUUCCGGGGCUGUCCCAUCACCAAGCUGGAUCUGGCCAUUGCCUACGAGCUGCCCGAGUUGGCGGGCAAAUAUAAGAAAAUGUCCGAAGCGGCGUUGGCCAGCAUCGAGGGGCAGGCGCAGGCAGAGCCGAGCAACGUUCAAGCCGAGCCGAAAAAGACGAGUUGAGGUAUUGACUCCGUCAAGGAGUAAGCCUGCCAUUUAGUUUGUUUUAAUGAGAGAAUGAUACAUACAUAUAUAGAGAGAAUGGUAACUGUCUAAGGACACGUAACUGCAUCAGCAUGGAGAGUGAGAGCUAUUAGCAAGAUAAAAGAGAGAGAAAGAGAGAGAGAGAGAGCAACAAAACGAGCUACAAGUGAGAGCAAACAAUUGUUAACGUAUUUGUUUACCAUUGACGAACACACAAACAACAACAACAAACAUGAACAGCAACAACAACAACAGCGUAAGACAAAAGAGAGC